AUGGCCCUCCCUUUGGAAUGCGACGUGCUGGUCGCUGGUAGCGGCAACGCUGGGUUUUCCGCUGCCAUCUCAGCAGCAGAAUGUGGCGCCAGGCAUGUUGUCUUGAUCGAAAAGUCCCCGGAGGAAUGGGCUGGAGGCAAUACAUUCUUCACCGCAGGCGCAUUCCGUACCGUGCACGGCGGCGUCAGUGAUCUUCUUCCGAUCGUGAACAAUGUCGACAGGGAAACCGCUCAGAUGAUUGAUAUGGAGCCCUAUGCUCCCAAGGACUUCACCCACGACCUCCUCCGGAUGACAGCAAACCGGACAGACCCCGAACUCAGCAAGAUCCUCGUCCAAGACUCGAAUGCCACCGUCAAGUGGCUUGCACGCCACGGUGUGAGAUUCCAAUUGUCUUACAAUCGCCAGGCCUACAAGGUAGAUGGCCGGUACAAGUUCUGGGGAGGAAUGUCGCUAAAGACCGAAGACGGCGGCAAGGGCCUUAUCCAAGACCAUCUGACGGCCGCUCGCCGUCUCGGCGUCACCGUUCUCUACUCAACUCCUCUAAAGGGCCUGAUCAAGGAUCCCAGCACCGGAGCCGUCAUUGGAGCCCGCGUCGAAUACAAGGGCCAGGAGCGCAUCGUCAAGACCAAGGCCGUAAUCAUGGCCGCAGGCGGAUUUGAGGCCAAUCCUCGAAUGAGAGCUCAGUAUCUCGGCCCCGGAUGGGACAUGGCCCUCGUGCGCGGCACGCCUUUCAACGUCGGUGACUGCCUAGAAACCGCCAUUCGCGACGUCUCCGCCAAACAAGCUGGGAACUGGUCCGGCUGCCACUCCGUUGCCUGGGACGCCAACGCUCCCGCCAACACCGGCGAUCGCGAAAUCUCAAACCAAUUUACCAAAUCCGGCUAUCCCCUCGGCCUCAUGAUCAACUCCGAAGGCCACCGCUUCGUCGACGAAGGCGUCGAUCUGCGCAACUACACCUAUGCCAAAUUCGGCAGAGCCAUCCUCGCCCAGCCGGACCAUGUGGCUUUCCAGAUCUGGGACCAGCAGACCAUCCCCUGGCUGCGGUCGGAGGAAUACCGGCCGGAAAUCGUCGAGCACAUCGCCGGUUCCACGAUCGAGGAGCUCGCGGAGAAUUGCGCCCGGCGCGGGCUACACAGCAAGGAGAAAUUCAUCAAGACCAUCAGGGACUACAACGAGGCUGUUUAUCGCUCUAGAAAGCAGAACCCUGGCGGGAAGUGGAAUCCGGCCAUCAAAGACGGACUGUCUACCCAGUCGCAAGCUGGUGGGCUCGUUCUUGCGAAGACAAACUGGGCCCUCCCCCUGGAUCAGGGACCUUUCCUCGCCGUCAAGGUCUCGUGCGGUAUUACUUUUACUUUCGGUGGAUUACAAGUCAACCCACAGACAGCCGCCGUGAUCUCCUCGGCGUCCAAUGAGGAAGUUCCUGGCUUGUACUGCGUUGGAGAGAUGCUGGGUGGAUUGUUCUAUGGCAACUAUCCUGGUGGUAGCGGAUUGACUGCCGGUGCGGUGUUUGGUCGCAGAGCUGGAGCCGCUGCUGCUAGUGCUAGUGUUGCGGAGGAGAGUAUGGCGACUCGAGCAAGGCUAUAA